AUGCUGGAUGAGCUUGGGGUCGAGUCUAUUGAAGAUCUGACCUUGGUGGAGGAGAGGGAUCUGGUGAAAUACCUCAAACCUAUCCAAAGUCGGAAGUUAAUGAAGGGCAUCAAGGACGGACUUGUUACUAUUAGUAUGGAGUUGGUCUCUGCUCCUGAUCCAAGUGCUCCAAGUUCCACAACUCCAUGUUCUCCAAACACAACAUUCCAGCCUCCAAAUCAGCUGUUGCCCAGCCCUCCAAGCACUGCCCCAAGCAAGUCGAGUGCUUCACAGCCUGGCGUACCAUGGCAUGUUGACUUUCGUCUCAACUGGGACCAGGUGUCAUCAGCCAUUCGACUUAGAGUGGAAAAAGAAGAAAGACCAUUGCCAGACGAGAGAAAGGCCUUCGUGGUCGUGCUCGUGGACCAAAUGAUGCAGCACGACCGCAACCCAACCAGAGCCAUGUGCCACAGCGUUGUGAGAAACAUUGUCAGGAGCCAUCCAAAAUCAUUUGGCGACAUUGGCAAGCACGGUGAUACUGCUGGAGACGGAUGUCACUCUCUUCUGCAACAAGUAAAAACGAGAGUGGGGUACAAAAAUAGGAAUAAUACUCUUGCUCAACGCCGCAGAGAAAGACCGCGCACGGGAAUGGCAGGAGAGGCCACACUGGCAAGAGGUCCUGUUGACCAAUACGGGUGUGUCAGGUGGGGCCCAGCAGAUUUGCCAGAGGGGGAGACCGAGGCAACGUUGGAGAAUAUGAAGAGGGAUCUGCUGAACAUCUACUCAGAGGAAGGAAUGAGUGGGGCAGAGAGAGCAGAACCAAUGAUGGAAAAGACAUACGUCAUCCUGCGGAAAUACCUUAACAAAGUGCCUGCUGCAGCAAUGUCUGAGAUCAAACAGGAAUGGCCAUUUCUCUUCUCUCAGAAAUGCCUAUUCUCACACUUUGGCCUCCUGACGGACGUCGAUGUCCUUCAGAAGCUACAGGAGGCAGUUAGUCGACGAGGACAGACCAUCCUGGAUUACUGUGCAACACUGGACAACCCCAAGAUCCGUGAUGUUCUGGCCUGCUAUGAUCCAGACUCUGACAAGGCUGCCUGCAUCCUGCUGCUCCUAAUGUUGUACUUCAAAGAGCCGAAAGAGAGUUUGAUGCUUGAAGUUGAUCCAUGUACCACUGCUGUGGACGUCAAUACUGCAGAACUCCCCAGCACCCCCUGCUUGAUCAUUCAAGGUGACAUGAUGAAGCCCUCUGGAUGGCUUAUAUCCAUCGAGGGACAUGUCGUGAUGGGCCCAGACCCUUUCUUUUUACACGGAGUAGCUGCUUUCUUCAGCAGCUAUUACGUCUUCAACCUUGAGUAUCCUGCCGUUGGAUCGUCGACGCUGGAGUUCAUUCAAAGGUGCUUCCUGGGCAUCUAUCCUGAAAGAGGCUCAAAGACCAAGAAGCGGACAACAAUGAACCCUCAUGUGAGCACCCUUUUGAGGAAACUUAUUGACUUUGAGUGGGCAUCAUAGUUUUUUUUUGCAGCGGUAGUUGUCAGGCUCAGUUUUGAGUAGCCUUGUUCUUUUUGUAAUUUUUCAAGACACCUUUGCACUACAAGAUUUUUACACAAUGCUGUUGCGUGUGGACUCAUUAUAAUGUUUGAGACUGAGAGGAGCGCCUGACCCCUUUACAACUUUCCUUUAUCGCUCUCUCCCUCGCUCUCUUAUCUUGCCAUGAAGGCCUCAUUCCCAUCCUGUCCAUUACUGUUAUUGUGACACAGCUAGUUGAAUUGUGAGACAGGUAGUUGAAUUGCAAGUUUGCACAAUUUCUCUGCAUUUUCUGCAUUUUAAGAUGGCUUUUAUGACUAGGAAGUUGAAUUUCUUGAACUCUUGA